AUGGUGAGAAUAAUUAUAAAUAAAAUAAUAGAUUGGAACUCGUAUGCAUCAAGGAUAAGGAUUUAUAGAAGUUCUUUCAAGAGGUUAUACAGUACUGAAAGUGAUAAAAUUAUUGACGCCACUAAAAUCAGAAAUUUUAGUAUAGUGGCUCAUGUUGACCAUGGUAAAAGUACUUUAGCCGACCGUCUACUUGAACUCACUGGAGCCAUAAAACCAGGAAGUGAAAAUAGUCAAGUAUUAGAUCAAUUACCUGUUGAGAGAGAAAGAGGCAUAACAGUUAAGGCUGUAACAGCAUCACUAAAUUACACAUUUAAUAAUGAAGAUUAUCUAUUAAAUCUAAUUGAUACACCGGGACAUGUUGAUUUUUCUAAUGAGGUUGUACGCAGUGUAAAAGCAUGUCAAGGAGUAAUAUUAUUGGUAGAUGCAAAUGAAGGUGUUCAAGCACAGACUGUUGCUGUUCAUUCAUUAGCUAAAAGAAACAAUUUGGUUAUAAUACCCACACUCAACAAAGUGGACCUGCCGAGGGCUGAUCCAGAAAAUGUUAAAGCCCAAAUGAAAUCUCUUUUCAAAAUUGAACCAGAUUCAGUUUUAAGUAUAUCUGCAAAGAAAGGGUGGGGAGUUAAAGAAUUAUUAGAAGCUAUUAUUUCUCGAAUACCACCACCACCUAUCAGUAAUGAAAAACAUUUCAAAGCUUACAUAAUCGAUACCUGGCAUGAUAAGUACAGAGGAAUUAUGUGCUUAGCUUAUAUAGAAUCAGGAACCAUUCAAGUUGGUCAACAGGUCAAAUGGAGGUCAGAUUUGAAACAGCAUACAUUAAAGUACUUGGCACUACUUCGCCCAAACGAAGAACCAAUAGAUAAAGCCGUUGCAGGUCAAGUUGUAAUGGUGGGAUGUGGCCCAAAAAGUGGAGGUUGUGUUGGAGAUCAACUUCUCUCAUUGGAAUCAGCGGAAAGUACGAAAAUAGCUUCGGCCCCGACAGUCAAGCAUAUGGUAUAUGCUGGUAUUUUCCCAUCAGAUCAGUCUCAACAUGCACAAUUGAGCGACGCUAUUAAAAAACUCGCUUUAAAUGAUUCUGCAGUUAGUGUUAAUGUGGAUUCUAGUCCCGCCUUAGGCCAAGGGUGGAGAAUUGGUUUUUUAGGUCUGUUACAUCUCGAUGUUUUCACACAACGUCUUUUGCAAGAACAUAAGGCGGAGGCUAUACUAACUGCACCAUCUGUACCAUAUAAAAUCAAGGUAAAAGGAGCAAAACUUAUCAAACAGUACAGAGGAGAAGAGGUAAUUAUAACAAAUCCUCUACAGUUACCUGACUCAAACAAUAUCGUCGAAUAUUACGAGCCUUUUGUUAUAGGUACAAUAAUAACUCCUGUAGAAUAUAUAGGCGCAGUGACUACGUUGUGCAUCGACCGUCGGGGAACCCCCUUGCCGUCAAACGCGGUCGAUGACAAGAUGACCCUAAUGCAGUUUAUAUUACCAUUAUCAGAAGUCGUUAUAGACUUCCAUGACACAUUAAAAAGUUUGACAUCCGGUUUCGCCAGCUUCGAUUAUCAGGACCAUGGGUUCCAUCCAAGUGCUUUGGUCAGAAUGGAUAUUAUGUUGAAUGGCGUGUUAGUGGACGAGCUAUCAACAAUAGUUCACGUUAGUCGUCUGGAACAUAGCGCGAAAAGGCUAACGGCGAAAUUGAAGGAAAUGAUCCCACGUCAAAUGGUGCAGGUCGCAAUACAAGCAAUUGUAAGCGGAAAAGUGUUUUCUCGUGAAACUAUAAAGGCAUAUCGUAAAGAUGUGACCGCUAAAUUGUACGGUGGUGAUAUUACAAGAAGGAAAAAAUUACUCAAACAGCAAGCUGAAGGCAAGAAAAAAAUGAGAAGUGUUGCCAACAUCAAAAUACCUAGAGAUACAUUUAUAGACGUAUUAAAAAGA